AUGCACAAUAUCACUGUUGCCAUUCGAGUCAAACCAGUUUAAUAAACCUUCAAAACCAUUAUUGUUAAUGGCUCCACGGUUACUCUGCUCGAUCCAGAAUUGGAAUUCAAUAAUCCUGUCGAUGUAAAAUGACAUUUCUAUAUUAUAUUUUACAUCCUAAAGAUCCUGAAAAAGAAUAGAAUUAAAGAUGCAUCUUAUGAGUUCGACCUUGUCUUUGAUUAACAAGCCGAUCAAAAGGAAGUCUAUGAAAAAUCAGCAGAACCCCUUCUGGAUGAUCUCAUUUCAGGAUAAAAUGUAACUAUUUUUGCAUAUGGAGCAACAGGAAGCGGCAAAACUCACACGUAUCAUUAUUAUCCCUAAUCUCUUCUAGCAUGAUGGGAAGCCAAAAUCAGUAAGGCAUUAUACCAAGAGCGUUGAAUGAUUUGUUUGGUCGAUUAUCAAAAGAACAAGCCGCUCAAGUAGCAACAUUCCCACUAUUUAGGCUUCGCUCACCUUCUUAGAAAUAUACAAUGAAACUAUCCGAGAUCUCUUGACUGGGAAGCUAUUGGACUUGAGAGAAGAUGGCAAUAAAGGAUUAGUAGUUGUGAAUUUAUUUAAAGCUCCUGUCCCCACUCUCAAUGAUAUUAACCAAUACAUCAAAUAUGGUAACAGCAGAAGAGCAAAGGAACCUACGGGUGCUAAUGAAAACUCGACAAGAUCUCACACUGUUUUGCAAUUGAUGCUCAAACAAUGCACCUUUACUUUUGUUGAUUUGGCUGGUUCUGAAAGAGCUUCCCAAACUACCAAUAAAGGACAAAGAAUGGUUGAGGGAGCAAUGAUAAAUCGAUCACUCUUAGUUCUUGGUAAUUGCAUCAAGGCAUUAUUCUCAAAGGAAUAGUUUGUUCCAUUCAGAGGCAGCAAAUUGACUAGACUUCUAAAGGAUGCACUCCAAGGCAAUUCUAAAACUGUCAUGAUUGCCAAUGUUGCUCCCAACAAUUACGAAGAUUCAUUCAACACACUCCUUUAUGCUCACAGGACUAGGAAUAUUGAUCCAACUCCUAAUAAUUUUCAAGAGAUGAUUGUUCAAUUAAGAGAAGAGAAUGAAGACAUCAAAAAGACACUCAAGAAGUAAAAUAGUUAAUCCAAGAUGCAAUUAUAAAUUGAGUAGCAAUUCAAAGAGUAAUAGAGAUAGGAGAAGAUCGAAAAACAAUAAUAAUAACAAUAAAUUUAAUAGAUCCAGCAAUAGCAAAUUUAAUAGCAAUAAGCAGAAAAAUAAGCAUAUGAUGAAGAACAAAUUAAGGCUAUUAUUUUAAAGUAAUUUGCAUAAGAAUCAGAGUUAAUCAAGUAAUUGUUUAAAUUAGAGGAUGCUUUGAUGCAGACUCAUCUAGACAUUGUUGAAUAUUAAAAAUAGUAGAGUGUAUAAUUUCAAUAGAAAACUGAAGAUCUAAUUACUAAAUGCACUGAUUCAAUUAAUAAUACAGAAAAUGAGUAAUUUGAAAUUGCUAUGAAGUAUAAAACAAUCUUGCAAUAAAGGAGAAAAAUAUAUGAUGUAAUACUUAUUUGAUAAUUAAAUAUAGUAAUGCAUGCAAAGUCAAUUUUAAUCAGUGAAGGACGAGUUUAGAAAAUAAGUUCAAAAUAUAGAGAAAAUGAAAGGUUUGUAGAGUGAUAAAAGGGAAGAAGUAAUGAAGAAGUUUAAAGAGCUGGAAAUUGAACAUCUCAAAAAGAUUUCUAAUUAAAAAAAUGGGAAUCAACCUUAAAUUGAUGAGGAAACAUUAAAAGAAAUUAAGAAAAAUAGGUUACAAAGCCUAAACAAAUAAAUUAAGGAUGGAAAAUUGUGAAUGAAUAAAAAAUAUUAAAAAU